AUGCUGUAUAGAUCAGAGGCGAUCUACAAACGCCCAGCGUUUCAUUUGCUUGAUCACAUGAAUCUAUGCAUAGCUCCAUUUGUAUCUCUCCCAACGAAUCGUUGCUGCCAGACUGAAUUCUCAGGAAAAAAAAAGUUUCGACUGUUUAUCAGAUUUAUCUUCAGCUUUCCCUUCAUCAUGACGUCACUUCCGUUCUCGCUAAACAACUGUGUUUAUCUUGUUGUUCUGUCCUCGCUUCUGGCCGGUUGCGUUUUGUCAGAGAUCGAGUGCAACCACACCAUCACUAAACACGCCUGGUUCGACAUUUUCAUCAAAGAUUACGAUGGCCCAGGUGAAGAUUUUCACGGAAGAUUCGUGAUUGGACUCUUUGGAGACGCAGCACCUGCCACCGUACUCAACUUCGCUUCCAUUGCCAAGGGUUAUAAACAUGACAAGACUACUCUGCAUUACAAAAAUACGAAAGUCCAUCGCGUGGUUCGAGAUUUUGUUAUUCAGAUGGGUGAUGUGACUGUGGGUGAUGGAACAGGAGGAAAAAGUAUCUACGGAGAAACUUUUGAUGACGAAGACUACAUCUUGAGUCACAGAAGCGCGGGAUUCGUUUCCAUGGCCAACCACGGCAAGAACACUAAUGGAUCACAGUUCUUCAUCUUACUUGUAAGAGCCCGAUGGCUUGAUAAGAGACAUGUUGUCUUCGGCAAAGUCAUUAAAGGAUUCGACGUCAUUCGGAAGAUUUCUGAAAUUGAAACCAACAAGGAGACUGGAAUGCCGAAAAAGAAGAUCAAGAUUGUUGAUUGCGGUUCCGAUGAUGUAAAGAAAUAUUGUGAAAAUAUCAAGCAAUUUAACGACCAUAUUAAAAAAAUAUCUAUCUAUCUAUCUAUCUAUCUAUCUAUCUAUCUAUCUAUCUAUCUAUCUAUCUAUCUAUCUAUUACUGGCGGAGAGUUUGCACCCGGUAAAGCCAGCAGUCGUUGUUCUAUAUAG